GAGCGCACUGUUGUGGUGCGGCUCGUCGGGCGGGCGGCGGCCGGGGCGGCCCAGGGGCUGCCGCGGGGACUCGGGGCGCCGCCGAGCGGCCGGGCGCUGGGGCGGGCCGUGAGCACCGCGGGGCCCGGACACGGCAGGUUCGAGGCCGGGCCCCCGCGUGGAGAGCCGCGGGGUGGAGACUUUGCAGCGCGGCGCGGAGCAGGCGGGAGCCGGCGGGGGCCUCCGGAGCCCCAGGGCGACCGGGCCCGGAUCCCGAGGGAGCCUCGCGAGCCCGGGCCGGAGUCUCGGCGGGUGCAUUCCCGGCGGGGCCCGGGCUGCAGGAGCACAGAGCAGCCGGGCCUCGCGGAGCUCAGAGAGCGCCUGACCCGGGGCGCACCGUGGGACUCGGGCGCGGGGCUGGCGGAGAGCUGCCCCGCGGGGCUAACAGCGGCGGAGUGGCCUACAGGGGCCCUCCCCCGGAGGGGCCGGGCCGGGCCGGGGAGAUGAACGGCUUCAGCACCGAGGAGGACAGCCGCGAAGGGCCCCCUGCCGCCCCCGCCGCCGCCCCGGGCUACGGCCAGAGCUGCUGCCUCAUCGCGGACGGCGAGCGCUGCGUCCGGCCCGCGGGCAACGCCUCCUUCAGCAAGAGGGUGCAGAAAAGCAUCUCGCAGAAGAAACUCAAGCUGGACAUCGACAAGAGCGUAAGGCACCUGUACAUCUGUGACUUCCACAAAAAUUUCAUCCAGAGCGUCCGAAAUAAAAGGAAGAGGAAGACAAGUGACGAUGGCGGAGACUCCCCUGAGCACGACGCUGACACUCCUGAGGUUGAUCUGUUCCAGCUGCAGGUGAACACUCUCCGACGCUACAAACGGCACUACAAGCUGCAGACCAGACCAGGCUUCAACAAGGCCCAGCUAGCAGAAACUGUGAGCCGACACUUCAGGAACAUACCGGUGAAUGAGAAAGAGACGCUUGCCUACUUUAUCUACACGGUGAAGAGUAACAGGAGCAGACUGGACCAGAGAUCGGAGGGCAGCAAGCAGCUGGAGUGAGGCGCAGGCGGCCGGGUAGGCAGAGGCCUUGGUGAGAGAACAGCGGUGCGAUGCUUGAUGACAGGUGAUGUCUGCACGUCUCAGCCCAUAAGGACUGUUCCCAUCUACUGUAAAUAAAGUUUGAAUGAUGGAUACUGUAAAUCUCUCUGUCAAGAGGGUUAUAUUCUUACAGGUUAGCAUGUGUAUAGAAAGACUUUCACUGCUCAGACUGAAAAAAACAGUAUCAUAAAAGGAAUUUUAAAACUGUGUCUUGAAUACUCACCAGAGCUUUAAAUCAAUUCUCCUGGAGAUGUUGGGUGAUGUGUAUUUUGGCAGUCACCAUGCAGUACCAGGCUGCCACGGGUAAGACUCAGCCCUGGCGGCAUGGCUCAGUGACAGUGGAAGCACAGAGUGGGCCCACGUUUGGACUGGCCCUUGCCGGCUGGGACACAGGCAUGCUACCUUAUUGCAGGUUUUACCAUUUAGUAGCAAAUCAGUUUGACACUGGUCCCCCAAUUGCUCUGGGGCCUCUAUGCAGUGGGCACUCCGUGUGUGUUGGCCAAAAGCUGUCACAGCUGUGCAGCUUCUGCUUCGCUCCUCCUACCCCCGAGACCUGUUAUUUGUGUUACUCUCUGCUUAACCAUGUGUAAGGCAUCUGCUUAAGAGAUGGAGGAAACCCUGCCCCUCCACAAGAACCUCUAGGCAGUUGCACGUGUCCGUUGAGAUUCUAGAACUGACACGAAGAUGUCACAGACUGGUCACGGUGGUGCAUGCUUUAGUCCCACCACUCGGGAGGACAAGGUGGAGAGCUCAAGAGUAAGCUAGGCUAAAGACCCUGUCUCAGAAACAAAACAGUGAACCUGGGGAUGGCUCAUCGGGGAUAGGCACUUGCUGCCAAGCCUGCUAGCCUGAGUUCUAAUUCCUGCUGGCCAUGUAGUGGAGAGAACUGGCUCUACACACACCACACAAUAGAUAAAUGAAAUUUAUUAUUAUUGUUUUUUUUGGGUUUUUUUUUUUUGUUUUUUUUUUUUCGAGACAGGGUCUUUCUGUAGCUUUGGAGUCUGUCCUGGAACUAGGUCUUGUAGACCAGGCUGGCCCCUGCCUCUGCCUCCUUAGUACUGGAAUUAAAGGUGUGCGCCACCACCACCCAACAGGUUUUUUGUUUUUUAAAGUUUUAAACAAAACCAUAGCCUUCCCUGAGAAUCUUCUGCACUUUACCCAGAGUGAGGUAUAUACCACGACCCUUUAGGCUCCUGGCAGUAAGUGCUCUGGCGAAGAUAGAGUGUUGUGUUUCCAGUCUUUAGUUGACAACCUGCAGGAGAACUGCCCAGAUCCCCUAUGGUUCCUGCUCAGAAGCCGAGCUGUGAGAAGACAGUGUGGCUGGACUUGACUCCUUGGCUCUGUAAGGCCAGAAAAAGGGAAACAAAAGUCACCGCCACCUGAUGCUCAAGUGCGAAAGGCAGGAUCUGCCUCCUUUCAGGGAGAGCGCUUGCUAAGGAAAUUUUUGAAGUAUUAAUUUUUCUCAUUGUUCGAGUCAGACUCUGCUGUCUAGUUAUGUCAGAACCAAAGCAUCCUGGGAGAGCAGAGCUUUCCUAUCCAAAGAUGUUUGCAGAAUCUCCAAUUAGUGUGACAAAGGGUGUGGAUGGGAGGGUAAGGGAAAAAGAUUGCUAAUUUCCAACCAGCCUAGUAUACAUUAGGUCAGAUGUCUCAUUUUCCUGUUUAACUUCAAUUUUGAUUUUUUCUUAAGCCUUAACUAACAAGAGGACAGCAGAGGCCUGACCCAGCAGUUCUAACGUCUCCCAGAUUGCUUCCCCUGAACACCAUCUCGGAAAUCAGAGUUUCCGAGUUUCCUUCACUAAGUGAGUGAAGGAGUAUUUGAUGGUCUCCCUUCUGUGGAGCAGAACCCCCAUGCUUCUGUGGAAUGGGGGCGGAGCCUCCAGUGUCACUAUCUUGCAAUGUGUUCCAUCGUGGCCAACCCCCCAGAGAGCUCAAACGCAUGCCAAGCAGACUGCAGUCUGAUGGAGCGUGUAUAAAAAUAGGUGUGUGUAGAAUAUGAACGGUGUCCUGGUUGCAAGCAAGGGCUGGUGAGGUGUCCCCUGGAUGUUUUCGGUCCUCACCUCCGUGCAGAAGUCGGUCUCUGUCCUACCACUGGUGGAUGCAAACAGAGAGAGAAGCUAGUAUCUGAGGACAGACAGGACCUUUAAUUUAAUGGCCCUGUGGAAAUGUCAGUGUCUUAUCCAGGAAGAAAAUGUAGCUUCCUGAUAUUUAAGCCAAACUGUGGGCAUUUCAGUUGUAUCAUUGUUUCUUCAGCAUCAUGUUUAGUUUCCAAGUUCUGUGCAAGAUGUGGCUUUAGGCUCAGGCUGGUCCACGUUUCUAUGUCCAGAUCCAAGCUGGGGAACAUCUGCCCUCCAGCCAUCUCAGAAUCCUUAUCCUCAGAUGCACACACCCUUGGAGAAGUAGAGGCCAGGGCUCUCUUUCUCAGCCUGUCAAAACAUCACUGAUAGAAAAGGCAAAGCUAGCCAGGCAGUGAUGGCGCAUGCCUUUAAUCCCAGCACUCGGAGGCAAAGGCAGGCAGAUCUCUGUGAGUUUGAGGCCAGCCUGGUCUACAAGAGCUAGUUCCAGGACAGGCUCCAAAGCUACAGAGAAACCCUGUCUCAAAAAACAAACACGAAGGAAGGAAGGAAGGAAGGAAGGAAGGAAGGAAGGAAGGAAGGAAGGAAGGAAGGAAGGAAGGAAGGAAAGAAGGAAGGAAAGAAGGAAGGAAAGAAAGAAAAGACAAAGCUAUUCAAAUUUAUCUUUUUCUUGUGUCCGGCUGCUGUGUGAUCAAAGCGGCCAGCCCCUUGCCUCCUGUCUGCUGGCUUAGCCAUAGCAAGAGCCUGCUGCCUUCAAGAGCAGCAGGGUUUGUGGAGAGAGCAAUGCUCAUCUUGGCGCCCGUAUUUUCAUAUCGCCUAUCAUUGCCCCUCCCAAUCUGUGACGGCUCAGUGUGGACUUUUCUCUAUUUGGUGCUCCUGGGCAAAACUGGAAUUUCAAGUCCAGAACUGGCAUGGCUUCGCACGCUCCCAUCCUGUCUCUGAUCUAGCCUGGUGUGGUUCUUCAUUGUGCCCUUAAGGUGGUCAUAUGGAGACAUUCGUAGCCUACCAUUCAUAUUGGGCUUGAAAAUUUUUACAGCGCAAAUGCACAGGCUUCUUGUAUCUCAUUUCAUGGAACAAACUGUGAAUAAAAACCAUCAUAGCCAAUCCUCAGGAAAGACAGCAAACCAAAUUUCCAGGUGGGGUUGUGACUUGAGGAACUUGGCUUCUGUGUGCUGCAUGUCCCUGCCAUAGCUAGCUAUAAUCAUAGUAGCCUCUCAGAGAACAAAUCCUAAUGUUGCAGGUAGAGCUUGAGGCUCCCUUUGUGUAUGUGCGUGUGUGUAUAGGAACUUCCUGUUAAUACUUUGCCAAGUGACUGCCUGGUGUGUGGUGGUAGGAUAACUGUCCACUGCAGUGGGUGGUCCCAGGCACAGUCCCAAAAAAGUUGCCUUAUCAACGCCAUCUGAAGGCUCUCUGUUAUAUGACGGGAUCUAAAAGAUUGGAAGAGUCUCGGUCCUCCCACCCAGCUUCUCCAUUGGUGCUGACAUUCUGCCUACCCAUCUCAGCCAGAAAGCAGUCUGCACUUGCCACCUCCAAGGACAGAGAGCCCACUACCUCCUGGGGAAGACUGUUCUGUCAGUUAGCUUCUGGAUUUUCUGUGCUCUCUGAAAUUUGGGGGCCAUGUGGACAGUGGCUCGGACAAAGGACCCAGUCCCUGGCAUUAUUCCAAACACAUUGGAUCAUUUUUAGAAGAGAACAGCUGGAUAUAUCAUGGUGUUUUGACUGCCACUAAGUAUUGGUCUUGGUUCCUUGUUGGAAAAUGUUGAAGAAACCCUUCAACCCUGUGUCCUUGCUUGCUCAUGCCAAAGUUGCCAGCAAAGCACCAGUCCUCUCCCAAGUCAUCGGAGGCCUUAGUCCCAUGCCAGCCACGCACAGCCUUGCUGCAUCUCUGAGGGGAAACUUCAGCUGGAAAGUUUUAAGCAGCACACAGCUUUGCCUGGAGUCUAAGGUUCCCAGGUUGCUGAGAACUCAUGCCUUCCCGUCCUUGUAGGGCUUCACCAGCAAACUGAAGGUGACCAUGUCUCAGUGUCGGGGCUGCGGGUGCCUCAGAGCCACUCAAGGUCGCUCUCUGAGCAAUUUUUAGCGAAUUGGGGAAAUAAAGUCCUAAGAGAUUUGCCAAGUUCAUGGUUAGCGAGGGGCCUUUGUGGCCCACCACUCGGUCAUUUGCAGGGUGCCCUGACAUGCCUCAGAGCUUAUAACUGCCUCUCCAGGGCAGCUGAGCUCCUGGGGACAAGCUUCUGCAGAGUUCCAGGUGGAAUGAGGUAAGGUUGGGUGACUGCUGACCUUAACAAAAUGAUUGGCCAAGGAGCAGAUCCCCAGCAGGCCUGCCCAGCACAGCCCCCAGGCCCUCUGCCACCUAGGAUAGCUGUGGAUGUGGCCCAACACAGAAUCAUGAAUUAUUUGAAGCACUAUGAGAUUUGCUUUACAAUUUUUAAAACUCAGUAGAGUUCUUGAGCGUGUAUUUUUGUUGAUGACUAUUAAGCCCAGAGAAGCCAAAGGUUGGGCCAACAUCUGUGGGUUGCAGUGUUAGCUGCGCUGUGUCCUUAUAACAGUGGGUUCAGACCAACUCCUGUGGGAUGCAGUGUUAACUGUGCUGUGUCCUUAUACAGUGGGCUCAGACCAACUCCUGUGGGAUGCAGUGUUAGCUGCACUGUGUUCUUAUACAGUGGGCUUAGACCAGCACCUGUGGGUUGCAGUGUUAGCUGCACUGUGUCCUUAUACAGUAGGCUCAGACCAACACCUAUAGGAUACGGUGUUAGCUGUGCUGUGUCUUUAUACAGUGGGCUUAGCAUGUGGUCGCUGCCUACCUGCUGUCUUCCACCCCGUCUCUGAGGCUGGGUGAUUGCCCUGGCUCCAGGUCCCUACUGAACUAAGCAGAGCAGUCAGAUGAGGGGGAAACAAGCUCAGGCUCAUGCCUUGGGGAGCACUGUGCAUUUGGGGGUGCCUUUGCAUUAUUUCAUUGAAUUGCAGACUGCUUCCAAAUUUAUGGUUGGGAAAAGAAAAGUCACUGUGAUAUUUGAGGUGGGCAAAGUGGGCCUGGGGCUUCAGGCAGAGCAUCUCCGGUGGGUUACUUCCCCCUGCUGGCACCUCUGAAAACAAAGUCUCUCUCUGCUUCCUGUCAUGCGCCAUCCUUGCCUGCUUUCUGUUGCCUGUGAUGCCCAUUGGAAUAUACUUGGGGAAUGGGGUUUGUCCGCUUUGUAACUGCCUUAUUGAAAAGUAAGUGCCCUUCCAUCCCAGGCCUCCAACUGUAUUUGUUUUCCUGCCAAACUUGGGGGGAGGGGUCAUUUGUAUUUUGAUUUUUGUGCCUGUGGCUCUGUACUGUUGAAGGUCUCAAUUCUCUGGACUCUCCUUAGCAUGUGUGUGACUCCUGUCACAGCGUCACACAGAUGGGAUGGCCCGACUUUAUUCUCAAUAAAUAAUCUGAAUGAGCAAGAGACA